GUGGGAGGCGGGGAGGAUCUGCCGGGCCUGAGGAGCAGUAGUCUCCGAGAACAAAGAAUUAGAGAGCACCCACAAGUCGUAAUCUUGCCCAAAGUACUGUAACAAGGUAAUUUAGACAAGGUUAGCUAGCAGACGGCCUUAAAAAAAAUUAGCAUCCCACUAGCCCGCAUGGACUCCACGGUGCCCUGGUUCUGCCCCGAAUCACUGGGGGAGGUUUGGGCUUUUUUGUAUGGAAAGUAAUCGACAAAAUAAAGUGAUAAGAUACACUGAUCGAUAUAAGUGGCACUAAUAAAUAGGGGUUUUAUUUGUAAAGUAUUGAAAGUUUAACCAGAAUUCCUUAAAAGGCAAUUAUUCUUUCCCCGCACUGCUCCUGUAGCUUAAUUUAAGGAUUCUAUUGAUGCAAAAGUCUGGUUGUUGAUGCCAAAGAAUGGAGGGUGGAGGAAGGGUCUGCUGCUUUUCUUGGAUACAAAUUUGCAUUUCUUCAAACAUUAAACAGAUGUACGCACUCCCUUGAGCUUUCACAUAUAUCAUAACCUGCCUUUAGGAAAAUAUAUACCAUAGGAGGUGACAGUGUUUAUCUUAUUGAAUCUAAAUAUAUACUGAGUCAAGUAUUUGGGGGAGUGUGAUGAGGUGUGUCCCCAGCACCCCCCCCCCCAAGCAAAAUACAUAUAUAUAUAGCUCCAUUAUUUUAAGUGUUCCGAGGAUUUUCUUUUUUCAAAGACCCCUUAAAAAAACGCUUCUAGCUACAAGGAAGGAAUCUCGGGGCAGUUUUGGGGUUAGAAAGAGGACAAUAUUUAAGAAGAAAUUAGACGUUGCUUUUAAGAUUAUAGCGGGGGAGACAAUGUCAUCCAGUCUUUGCUGCCUGGACUGACAUUUAAAGAAUUCAACUCAGUGGCUACAAUUUUUUCUUCUGUUUACUAGAUUUCAUGCUUGAAUGCAUAUCAUUAUUUUCACUUCCUUUAAAAUUAACACUGAAAGGAUAUGUUUUUGUUUUGCCCUUCCCCCCCCAAUUUUAAUUGCUUCAUUUGAAAAAAGGAAAAGAACAAAUAGGAAAUGGAGGUUGUAACACUGUAAUUGAUACCAAUUUAUUCAGCUAUUUAUGCCUUACAGUGAAAAUGAAGUGCUAUUCAGAUGCAAUUUUCAUCCAAAAUGGUGGUGCUUUAAAAUGAUAAAUAAAGGUCUUAAUUGAUCAUGUUCCAUGUAUGUUUUCUGGGCAGCAUGUUUCUUCUUUUCAGUAUAAUUUGAGGUGUUUAAUUUAAAAGCAUUGUAUUCGGAGAUAUUUUUCUCCCCUUCUGCGUUUUUGGACUCUUAAAUCUCACUCUGAAAUAUUCAGAAGAUAGAUCAUAACCGCAAAAUUAAGUUGGGGUAUUUGUGUCUUGAGUGUUAAUAUUUUUGAAUGAUUUAGAUGUGUACAUUUUGGUCUCUAGCAUAUAGUCUGGAGUGUUGUGAUGAAUAUUUAUGAUGCACAUGACAAGAUUCAGGGUUAUGUUGGAAAAGCAGUUCCUCCCUGCCAUGGAAGUAACUUUUUUUUGCAAAGUCUCUGAAAGAUACCUGCCAACUUAAGACACCUUUAUUGGACGCCUGCUUCUUUGCACUCUAUUGAAUAAGAAGAAUGUUCAUCUUCCAGGUUGAAAUUGGGCGAAGAUUGGACACCUUGUAGACAGGCGUUCCUGAACACCACUGACAGUACUUCGUGACAGAUCAGUUGAAGAGUCAGAAUCAGAGCUCACUGCCUGUUGUUUACCACUUCUUAGAAGCCACUAAGAAGUAUCAUCAAUAAACAGGGUACCCUUGACACCUACUGAUAGGUACUUCCACAGAUUACUAAAGAUGGACGGCGACAGUGCCACGACAGACACUUCCCAGCUGGGCAUCUCUGCGGACUACAUUGGGGGAGGCCACUAUGUGAUACAGCCCCACGACGGUAGGAAAGCCAGGAGCAGAGCACUGAGCGGCAGAAAUACGGAGGACAGCAUGAAUGAUCAUGAAGACACAAAUGGUUCAAAAGAAAGUUUCAGAGAACAAGAUAUAUAUCUUCCCAUUGCAAACGUAGCAAGGAUAAUGAAAAAUGCCAUACCUCAAACGGGAAAGAUCGCAAAAGAUGCCAAAGAAUGUGUUCAAGAAUGUGUGAGUGAGUUCAUCAGCUUUAUAACAUCGGAAGCAAGUGAAAGAUGCCAUCAAGAGAAACGGAAGACAAUCAAUGGAGAAGAUAUCCUCUUUGCCAUGUCCACCUUAGGCUUUGACAGUUACGUCGAACCUCUGAAAUUAUACCUUCAGAAGUUCAGAGAGGCUAUGAAAGGAGAGAAAGGAAUCGGUGGAGCAGUCACGACUACAGACGGAUUAAGUGAAGAGCUUGCAGAGGAGGCAUUUACUAACCAGUUACCAGCUGGCUUAAUAACCGCAGAUGGUCAACAGCAAAAUGUUAUGGUUUAUACAACGUCAUAUCAGCAGAUUUCUGGUGUUCAACAAAUUCAGUUUUCAUGAUCUGAAGACGUGGUGAACGGGGAGUGGAGAGAAGCGAGUGUACGAUUCGAUCGGAGCAGAGACAUUAGGAGGACAUGACUGGGGACGAUGUCUCUUUGUAUAUUAAAUAGCUGUAAUGUAGCUUCCUGAUGCCUGACUAACUGAGGUGUUAAUUCUGACUUGAGAAUCUUUUUCAUGAAUGAUUUUAAAGAAAAAUUUGGAUUUUAAAGGUAUUAAAAUAUUUUUGUUUUGUACGAGAGUUUGUCGCUCUGUAUGACUCCUGUAUGCGUUGUAUAUUGCAGUUUAUUACUGUCAGAGAUUUGUAGACAGUUUCUUAUUUUCAUAUUGAAUCAUGUUACUUUUGUAAUUCAAGUAAGCAGCUGGGUUAAUUCAUGAUGUUUGCCCUUUUAAUAAAAUAUAAGGGUAGAGUUCAUUUUGAAUGCAAGUUGCCUUUAUUAUAAAUUUGAGUUUGUCUUGGUUAUAUAAUAUCUUGCAUGGUAACCUAGCUAGAUUUUUAGCAUUUGCCAUAUUUAUUAAAAUUAAUUUUUUGUAAAACAUUCAUCGCUUAAGCAGCACCAUUUUUUUAAAAAUGGAAUUGAGUAAUUACGUGAAUGCGGAAGCGAGGACUGUCUGCCCAGUUAAGCGUGGCGCCCUGUGACAGUGCGCACGGACACUGUUCCUUGUGCCUGUUUAGGUGGGUUAGUGUAUUGGAGCUUUUGUUCGGACUCAGUUUGCUUUUGAGCUAUGUUAUGAUGAAUGUUGGAGUUCAUUUAAGACUAAGGUAGUCCUAGUGCCCUCGAAAUGGUGCCCCUUUCAUGUUUAUAUGAUUUUUCCAAAGCAUAUCUUCAAAUACUUCCUCUUCCAGAAGAGGAAUUUUAUAGGCAGAUGGUAAAUGUCCUCGUUUUACAUUUUUAAUUGAGACGUCAAGUUUCCUGUUACACUCUGGGGCCAGGAAGCAUCAGACAUCCCCAUGUGCACCCAGACCUCGUUCCGCCUGGGUGCGUGGAUGCGGUGAAGAAGGGCGAGUGAGGCGGGCGGAUGGACCGACGGCCGCUGUGAAACAAGCCCCGGCUCCGCCUCCGUCUUGAUCUUUGCAAUAAACUAAACUUAGUUUAACUUUGUGUAAUUUAGUCGUACGUGCUCGAGCUGUUCCUUUUUUCAAGUGAGGAUUUGUAUUUUCUCCCUUUUGUCGGUAAGAAACUGUUUCGUUUUGUUUACAAUCAACAAUUGCUAUUGUAUAGUUUGCCUGAGAGGCAGUGGGAACGUCAUCUGGGAAGGACACUCACGUUGGUAAGACGGACGCAGUUUCAGACGCAGGCUGAGCAGCAGGCUGAACGGAAGCGCGGACUCUGCCGGGAGGCGUGGGGGGCACAGCGGGCUGGCCUGAGGUCGACAGCUCGCUCCCCCGCUCCUGUUUAGGAAGUCAUCUUCAUCACAGAAAAUUCGAACAGGCGAAAACGAGAGGGGCGCUGAGCAACAGCAACUAUCAUCCUAUGCCGCCGCAACCGAUGUUAAUAUUUUGGUAAAUAUCAUUUGUCCUUUUACUUUGCUAAAUAUGUAUAUUUUUAUAAAAAUGGGCUCAUACUUGCAUACUGUUUUGUAAUCUGCUUUUUUCACUUAACAAUAUAUUGUAAACAUCUUUCCCAGGUCAUUACAGUCCUUUAUUUUUAUUCAUCUAUUAUUCUGUUGUAUGGCUGAACCAUAAUUUAUUUAAUCCUCUAUUGGACAUUUUGAUUAUAUGCAUCUUUUCACAGUUAUAAACAACACUUCACUGAA